AGAUUAUCCCACCUCCUCCAUAGCAGGGAAGAGGAAGAGCUCGUUUACCUCCGGAGACACCUGUCUUUGUGUGCGGAGACACUCAUGUAGCGACGGUGGAGUAAUUUGCUCUUGGCACAUAAAAAGCAGUUACCUGCGUCUGUACGCACAAUAUCUGCCUCAGACCCGUUUAGCAGACUGCACUGGUGGAAAUAAGGAGUUUCGAUGGAGCCCAAAACUGUAGUAAAGGAGAAGUUUUUCGUGGUCCUACGCGGAAAGUCGAGGAAAGGUUUCUGCCGAGGAUGCAUUGGCCGUGUGGAGGCAGAGACGCAGCGUGGAGAGCUGGUGGGACUGUUGUACGGCAGUGGCAGCAACGCAGGGACCCCCAAGAGCGGGGGCGUCGUGAGGAGAGAGGACAUAUACCCUCUGACCCGUCACCAGGCCCAGCUACUGCUCUUCAUCUCCUCCGCGAGCAAACGCCUUGAGCUGCUGUGUAACCCCCAGCUGUUCUCGGCCAUCUGUGAUCUGUCUCAGAAUGACCUGGUGGUGGUGAAGCACAAGAAGGGACACCUGCCCGGGCUGGUGAAGAACCUGAUGCAAAUUGGCAGGAAAGACCACAAAGACGACCUGCACAUGCUUGGCUUUGAGGUGGAAUUCGUGGACAGUGAUCACAAUUUGUCAUCCAAGAAACCUGCUCCUCUGCCUUUGUUCAGUGCUGCAGACAUCGUCCAGGUGGUCCCAUCUUACUCCGUGCCCCUCGGAUUGCAGUGGAGAGAUGGCAAGUAUGGGGGCAGAAAAGCAGUGACUCGCAUCAGCUCCAUGCCAAAUAUUGGAUCUCGUGCACACCAAGUGAGAGAGAACCAUGCAGAGCAGAGUGUCACACAGAGCCAAAGUCUGAGCACAUGUCAUGUACCUCUGGAGGUGGGAUCCAUGGUUGAGGUGAUGUCCAACAUGGGGAUCACAGUCUACGGGGUUGUCCGGUGGUUGGGGCUCCCUGCGGGAAAGACCGAUGAAUGGGCUGGGAUUGAACUGGACUAUGAAGUGAACGGAUGCUCUGAUGGGAAGUAUGGAGACCAGAGAUAUUUCACCUGCAAAGAAAGCAGGGCUUUGUUUGUUCCUGUCACAAAGUGCAGCCCUGACAGCAGAUUUGUCUGCUCCUCUCCAGGAAGGGAGACCCCAAAACCCACCGAAGCACCUCCAGUUCCUCCAUUUGAGGACUCCGAGGAGGAUGCAUCACCUAUCCCUGAGUCAGAGGUCUUGUCUUUGUUAGUGGGAAAAAUGAAGGGGAUUCAGGGUCACAUCAACUCCUGUUACCUUGAUGCCACACUCUUCAGUUUGUUCAGCUCAUCCGUGACCCUGGAUAACAUCUGCCAGAAGCCUGCUGACACAGAGCAACCCACAACCUGCACUCUGAGAAAAAUAGUCAACCGUUUACGCAGACAGGGGUUUGUUCCUGCUGAUAGUGUUAUGAAUUUCCGCAAACAGCUUGGCUGCGACACCUUUCAAACAGAGGAAAAAGACCCAGAGGAGUUCAUCACUGUCCUCUUUCAGGAGGUGCUCUGCAUGGAGCCACUGCUCAAGCUCAGAUCGAGGGGAGAAACAUCUCAGGGUGCCUACACCUUCCAGAUCUUUCUAGAAAAAGAGCAGAUGGGACAGAUGCCCACUGUCCAACAGCUGCUGGACACAUCCUGCCUGUCAGGUGACCUCAAGUUUGAAGAGAUGCCAUCCUGUCUGAUGGUUCAGAUGCCAAGGUUUGGAAACAAGUAUAAGAUGUUUUCUCACAUCAUUCCCUCCACUGAGCUGGACAUCACAGACCUUCUAUAUAACUCUCCGAGAGAAUGUUUCCUCUGCGGGCAUUUGGCAGAGUAUGAGUGUCUUGAGUGUCUACCUGAUCGCAAACUGCAGCCAGGAAGGAUCAAACAGUACUGCACUACCUGCAACACACAGGUGCACAGUCAUCACAUGCGGCAGGGUCACUCCCCCAAAGGUCUAGAAGUUCCAGCAGAUGUACCCUCUGACAGUCCUCUGCCCAGGCACACGAUGCAGCUGUUUGCUGUGCUCUGCAUUCAAACCAGCCACUACGUGUCCUUUGUCAAAUAUGGUGCUGACCCCCACUCCUGGCUCUUCUUUGACAGCAUGGCAGACAGAUGCGGUAAUGAUCAGAGUGGCUACAACAUUCCCGAGAUCCGAGCUUGUCCGGAGCUGGGUGACUUCCUGUCCGAGUCGGAGGAGGUGCUGGCUCAGGCCAACCCCUCCCACACUCCUGAGCUAGUGCGCAGGCUGCUGUGUGACUCCUACAUGUUUUUAUACCAGAACCCAGCCACGCCACUUUCAAAAUCAAACCAUCAGGAGCCUUAAAACGCAUGUGAGGACGAGGACACAAUGUUCUCACAACAGUGCCUAAACAACCUUGCAUCUCUGCUCAAUCAGCAAGAUGUUGUGUUGGUUAUUACAUCAACAUAGCAGGAACUGGAAUGGGUGCUUUUAACUUCAUGGAAAGAAACAAUAUUUUUGAAGGGAAAUACAAUAUUGUAGCUCAGAGAUCUGACUUUGUUUGAUCUUAGUCAAAGCUGAUGUUGAUUUGCAAGAAGAGAAAGAAUGAGCAGUGAAAAUACUGUUCACUGUACUCCUCAUCCUUGCCUUCUUUAUCUUGCUGUUGUUGCAUUUACUAUUUAUACUUUUUCAAAGUUUUUCAAAGGAAAUUGUAGCAUGUCAGUGAUUUUCAUGACUUAUUCUUAUUUGUUUUUGCCUAUUAUUUGAUAAAUUAAAGUUGAAUUCCAUUCAAGCACUUGGUGACAUAUUUAUAUGAUGUUACGUAAUUUUAUCUCUGGAUUAACUCUUGUGACCUAAAACACUCACUGCAGCCUCCCAUAUCAUAUAAACCAUGUGCUUUUUUGUUAUUGUGGAAUGGCUAUCUCCCGAAAAACAUAAGAUGUGAAAAGUGCAUGAUUGGUUAUGUUUUAUUUACUGUAAACAACUGCACCAUAUGUAGAUAAUACUUGUGCACAUUACUGGAUCUCUAAUGUAGUAUUUUCAUCUGUGAAAUGUUAAAGAAAUUGCGGUAGGAAAUGAGUGAACUAACCCGAGCACAGAACUUUAUUGUAACUUUGAGUUUUAAUUGGACAGAACCUCACAGGUACACCACAUCAGCUUCUCACUGUGUGAAAUAAUACACUUUGAUCUGUUCAGUCAACUACAUCUAAGCCAUUAAAGACUAAUUCAAAAAUCUGAACUAGAUCUUGAUAGUUUAGACAUGGAGUAGUGCUUUGAGGCCCUUGACAGAUCACGUCCUAGUAGGUAAUAUAAUGGACUACAAUGCCCUCUUGUGGAUGCAGAGCUUGCCUUGAACACCAUUCCAUCAUAACCAUACACACACACAUACACACACACACACACACAGUAUAUACACUUGUGUAGACAGAUUAGAUUUACUAGAUUUACUGUUGUUCAGUGAUAGCUUGUCAACUGGCUUGAGAAUCACCAUAAAAACACUACACAUUUUCAUUUAUGAUCUAAAAACCUACUAUCUAGCAACCUACUUCUUAGGAAAUUUCAGGAGGUUAUUGCUCCAAACCAUACCUUUGACUUUCAAUGUAUCGUGACACAUCAGCUCUGUAGUCUGAACCUCUUUGCCUUUGAGUUGAAAUGUGAUAGGUCUGUUAGCUCUCAAGGCUGUGGAGUGCAGGACGGGCUCCUGUCUGUUACGUACCACACGUUCUGGCCUACACAUUUUUUUUCUCACUAAAAGCACAACACGAUUCCAAGGCCUUGAAGACAGCCUAGGCUGUUCAUGAGGGUGAUUCUCACUUAACCCUCAACUUUAACUCCGUAUAUCAACUUUUGCUAAUUAUGACUUUGAGUUGUUUCAAAUAUGCAAUUAGAUAAGCUAUGAAGUAUUCCUUGGAUAGUAUAUUCACUACAUGAUAUAAGGGUGACGGAACAGAGGAGCAUAUGACUGAAAGGGCAGAUACUGAUGAUUGUUGUUGUUGUUAUUAAAUUGUUUAGACAGG